UCGGCCUGAUGUAUCGAGUAGGCCUUGGUUUGUCAGUCUGAUAAUAAUCGACGUCCAGUUAGACGGGCAGAGACCUUUCCUUCUACUUGUGACAUGUUGAGCUCCGUUAUUUCGGCUGGGCAGGCCAGCUAUGAAGUGUCUAGUUGCAUUCAAUAGAAAAUUGCACCAUUGCCCAAGUUUGUUGUUUUUCAUCACAGUGCAAGUUAUCUUUACACCCAGCCUUAAUGGGAGCUCAGUCUUGACUUAGCAAGAGGCAAACAUCAACAUCAUGUUUUUCUGAGAGGGAUAGUCCGUUUUUUUUUUCCGGCAGCUCUAGUGAAUUUGGUCUAUUUAGUGCAAUCUAAGACCUAGGGAUAAUGGCUGAUUCCAAGCCAGGUGUUCAUGUGCUGCAACUGAAGCAUGUGUCAGUCCCUCCUUCCAUGAUUGCUGGCGAAAAGUUUGUUAAGUGGGACGAGGAUUCAUCAUUGGUCACUGCUGUAACACUGAGAGUGGAUCCUUAUGGCUAUUUUCUUUACUGGACAGAUCAAAAUGAGGAGACUCAAAUCUUGGACAUGUGCACUAUCAGGGACACAAGAACUGGGCAUUAUGCCAAAGUUCCAAAGGAUUCUAAGAUGCGUGAUCAGGUCACCAUGGGAGCCUCACAAGAUUCCCUGGAAGAUAAAACUUUAACAGUUUCAUAUGGACCUGAUUUUGUCAAUAUCUCUUUCUUCAACUUCUGUUCCUCAAAGAAAGAAACUGCCAAGCAAUGGACUGAUGAUUUAUUGAAAAUGGCCAAUAAUCUGCUGGCUCUAAAUGGCUCCGUGCACUAUUUCCUGCGAAAAGCCCAUGUCCGGCUUACCCUUCAGGCCGAUAAAGGAGGAAAAAUUGCCGUGAAAAACAUUGUCCGAACUUUUGCCCAGCAUAGAGACGACCGACGGCGAGUUGAAAAGGCGUUUAUUGAAUCUACCGGACUUGCCAGUGGAAAGGAUGAUGCUAUUCCUUUGUCACAAUUUGGUUUUGACGACUUCUAUAGAUUCUAUAAGAAACUGACAGGAAGACAAGAAGUUGAAAAAAUUUUCGAAGAAUUGUUUGGUACCAAGUUGCACAUCACCGUCGAACAGUUUGUAGAGUUCCUUAACAGCUACCAGCGUGACCCGCGACUCAAUGAGAUCCUCUACCCAUACGCUAACCCUGAUCGGGCCAGAGAUCUCUUCCAACAGUAUGAACCUAAUGCUCCAAAUGCUCCCAAAGGACUCUUGAGUGCCGAAGGAUUUUUGCGCUUCCUAAUGAGCGAAGAUAAUUCGAUCGUGUCGGCCGACAAGUUUGAUCUCAGUCACGACAUGGAACAGCCUCUCUGCCACUAUUUCGUCAACUCGUCUCAUAACACGUACUUGACUGGUCACCAAUUUACUGGGAAAUCUUCUGUCGAAAUUUACCGACAAACGCUGCUCGGCGGAUGUCGCUGUGUCGAGCUUGAUUUCUGGAAUGGCAAGAACGAAGAUCCCAUAAUUUACCACGGAUACACUCUCGUUCCUGAAGUGCCAGCUAAAGACGUCAUCGAGGCUAUUGCUGAGAGUGCUUUCAAGACGUCCGAAUUUCCGGUGGUCCUUUCGUUCGAGAAUCAUUGCAAUCCCAAACAGCAAGCAAAAAUUGCGCAAUACUGCCGUGAAUAUUUUGGGGAAAUGAUGCUCGAUCAGGCUUUGGAGAGCCAUCCUCUCGAGCCUGGAGUGCCUCUUCCGUCGCCGGCCCAGCUGAAGCGGAAGAUAAUCAUCAAAAAUAAAAAAAAACACCAACAUCAUCGAACGCUUAAAGACGUCGAGAAAGGGGCGGCAGCGGGCGCCUCGGCUUUGGCCGCCACGAUUGGAUCUGUCAGUGGCAGCGCUUUGCCACCGCAAGGCAACGGCGAAAUCCCCCGACCCCGUCUGGAGAAAGAAGAGAGCAAGGACAGCAUCACCGAAGAGGAGGAUGCAAUCAUUCAUGCCGCCGAAGAAAUUGAAUUGGGCAGCGAGAGCGACGAUGAAGAUGAAUCAUCGACGCUGUCCAAUCUGAGCCCGGAGGAAAUCAGGCUCCGGGAGAAAGCCCAAAAGGAUAAGGGUACAGCUGGAAAGGAAACGGAAGCCGGUGCCGAGAUAUCAGCUCUGGUCAACUACGUCCAGCCCAUCCACUUUCACUCUUUCGAGCAUGCUGAACGUCGUAAUCGUAGCUAUGAAAUGUCGUCGUUUGUCGAAACGCAGUCAACCGCUCUACUGAAAGAACAUCCGAUCGAAUUCGUCAACUAUAACAAACGACAGAUCAGCCGCGUUUACCCGCGCGGGACACGCGUCGAUUCUUCCAACUUCAUGCCACAUGUGUUUUGGAACGCUGGUUGCCAGUUAGUGGCCUUGAACUUCCAAACGCUAGACUUAGCAAUGCAGCUCAAUUUGGGUAUUUUCGAGAUGAAUGGCCGGACAGGAUAUCUGUUGAAACCACAGUUUAUGCGUAGAAUGGAUCGCAAGUUCGAUCCUUUUGCCGAAUCAACAGUCGAUGGUAUUAUUGCCGGAAAAGUAUCAGUGCAAGUAAUAUCGGGUCAGUUUUUGUCUGACAAAAGAGUGUCAACUUAUGUGGAAGUCGAUAUGUUUGGUCUUCCCGCUGAUACAGUCAGAAAGCGUUUCCGCACUAAAACCGUAUUAAACAAUGGCAUCAAUCCUAUUUAUGACCAGGAACCUUUCGUUUUCAACAAAGUAGUUUUGCCGGAUUUGGCCUGCCUACGCAUCGCUGUUUAUGAAGAUUCCGGUCGUCUCCUCGGCCAUCGAGUGCUUCCAGUGACCGGACUGUGUCCUGGCUACAGACAUUUGGGUUUGCGUAAUGACGGAGGACAGCCAUUAAAUUUGGCAACGCUCUUCGUGAAUAUUAUGGUCAAAGAUUACAUUCCCGAUGGAUUGUCAGACUUCGCCAACGCAUUGGCAAAUCCUAUCAAGUACCAGUCUGAAUUAGAAAAGCGCUCUAAACAGCUCAGCAUUUUAACAGGAGAAUUGGAGGAUACGCUUGAAUACGAAGUUGAUAGCAAAUUAACGAGUGAGAAAGAUACCGAGGAUAAGGAUGUGGAUAUCAAAACCCGCGCGCACCAGCAACCCUCACUCGAAGGGGACACGCCCGUAACCACUGCACUCAGCGCAGAAAAUAUUCCUACUAAACGCCAAGAUUCAACAAAAAUGAAAACCAACAGUAUUCUUCGACCCGAAUUCCGAGAUAUCUCGGGCUUGGGUCCGUCCAGUCCAGGGCUAUCAGAUGUGGAGUCUGAGUCCGUGGUUGUGGCAGAGACGUUUGAGAAGUUGAUAGAAAACAAACACGUCAAGAAACAACGCGACAAAUUAAACAAGAAAUUAGAAGACAUACAAAAAGAAUUUGAAAAAGAAAAGACUAAACUUGAAGAAGAAUUGGGGAUAAUAACCAAAUCUAAAGUCACGAAAACCUCUAGCAGGCUUAUUAAACGUAUUUCUAGUAAAAAUUUGAAUAAGGAGCCCGCCACUGUGAGGUCGUCUUCUGAAACGGCAGAAUGUCUGCUCGCUCAAAGGCUUCCGCCUAUUCUGCAGAAAUUCAACGAAGAAAAGGCCAAUAUGAGAAAGCACUAUCAUGAAAUUAUUUAUACCACAUUGGAAAAGUGCAUUGCAGCUUCCAAGGAAAAGCAGCUGAAGUUACUGAAGGAACAAUACGAUUCUCAAGUGGGCGGAGCAACUAAAUCUAUACAUGCCCAAGUUAGCCGUGAAUUUAAAAGCUUAAAUAAACGGCAUAAGGAUAAAGAUGAACUCGAUAGAAUGAAACGUGAAAAACGAGAAGAAAUUGUUCGCAAAGGUGUUGUCGAACACGAGCGAUUGGAGCAACAGUUUGAAAAGAAAGAAAAGGAACUACGGCGGCAGUACGAGGAACUUCAAAAACGUUUUGAAGAAGAAAGAAUGAAGGAGUAUAUGAGCAUCAGUCGAGAGAGUGAUCGUUCCACAUCUGUUGUUUCUGACGAUGUUUUCGAUGCUGCAGUACCUUUAGGGCCUGCGUGUAGACCCCACUCCUGAAUUUAAAAUUCUUUUUGAAAAAUUUAGACACACAAAAUCCCCAUAUAUUCAAUAUGUAUGUUAAAGUUGAUGUUAUUUCCGAAAUUUCGCUGAAGUUCUCCGACAUUUCAGAGUUUCUACGUUCCGGACCAAAGGGAAAAAAAAAAUACUACUAAUAUAACAUAUUAAAAGCGCCAAAUCAUCCUGAUAUAUUUUCAGGGUUGCAUAAUUUGAUCGCAAGAGUGCUGUACACUUGCUGGAGUUAUUCUAAAGUAUUUGGGAGGAGGGGGGGGGGGUUGCAACAACAAACAAACCAUCCGUUCGUUCGGAUCAGAAAAGUCUUCAAACAAAAAGUCUUCGAAGAUACUUACGUACAAUGAAUAAUCAUAAUUUUGAACAUGGUAGCCAUGUCUUAUCCGGCUUCGGGUUUCCCUGAUGGAGAAAAUCGAUUGUUCUAUUUAUGUGUUUGUAAGUGAUAAUUGUAGAAGACAAUCUAUUCUUAAUUUUCUCUUUGGUUUAAAAGUUUUAUGCAGUUUAGUCACUUGUUUAUAUAAGACUUGGCUGUAUAUUGCGACUCGUCUUGAAAUUUGAGUUUAAUUGAUUGGCGCACAAUCAGAAAAGGUGCUUUUGAAGAAAAAGGAAACAGAUGUGAUUUGUCUAUAAUUCAUAGCCAUCUUUCUGUUAAUUUUAACGUACAUUGAACCGGCCGUUUACCUGCCAAAGAAAAAUGAUUCAAUAUUGCAAUGAUGUAGUGGCUGUCCGUUGGUAGCUGGUCGCGAUUGUUCCUGCUUAAAUUGUUAAUUACUCUUAUUCGAUUGUAUUUCAACAUCACCUCAUUCAAUUAUAAUCCAUUUACUUUUCCUCCUAUUAUUUUUUUUUUGUAUUGGUGUUUCAAAAAAUACAUGGACUUGUAUCAUCAA